AUGGAUUUCAACGCUUCCAUGACGCAUUUGGUUGACAAUUCUGCGUUCUCCACCUCGGAUCCCGCGAUGUUUUCCCAAGAUCGGGCUACAGAUGAGGCGCCAGAGCUUGAGGCGCAAGUCACAGUUCCCGUUCCCAAUGCUUUUUCUGCUGUCGCCGACCCUGGCAUCGCGUUGCCAGAUAUUCCCUACUACAGACACGAGAAGCGUGAGAAGUAUCAAUUGGUGUCCAAAACCCAGCAGUGUUUUGAUGAUCUCAGUCGCAAAGACCCCGAUUGGUUGCACUACAGUCCAGACAAAUGGAAGAUCGUUCCCCGAGGAUCCUUGGCUUCUGGCAAAUUCAUCAAAGGUGGAAUUGUCUACAGCAAGAUGGUUUGGCCCUCCAAGAGAUCCGCUGAUAACUUCUCCAAAUUUGUGGAUCUCCCAAUCGAGCUGAGACUUUUAAUCUGGAAGCACGCUUUGCCUAAGCCGCGAGUUGUCCAAUUUACCUAUUCCCAGCGAGAAGACGGAUCGAUUGAGUGGAAGCUGCUGCAUGGCGGGGACUUCUUCGGGAAGCUACAUCUUCUGACUUGUCAAGAGUCGGCACUUGUCUUCAAAGAGCAUUACACCAACAUGUUGACCAAGCCUUCACCUGAAUUCGCAAGAGACACGCCCAGCUCUGAUAACGAGCCUGUUGCUACAAUCAACCCUGAUCAUCCCGUACGCUAUAUGGAUCUAAAGGAAGAUACUUUGUUGAUAGAAGGUCUAAAUUACAUGAGGCUUCGUGGCAUGGGAAUAUCUCUGGAUAUAUCAGAGGUUCGUAAUUUGGCUGUUUCCAGUGAUUUCGGACCAACAUUUCAAGUUGACCAUUGGUUCUUUUCACAAGCUGCUUGGAUAAUCACCCCGCAGCUGAAGAAGCUUACUCUAGUCUUCGGUAAACCAUGUUGUCACGAAGAACCCGGUACAGAUCUCCGCCUGGUAAAAAUAGACGAGAACUUCAGAGAAUUGGAGUUCGUCUGCGAUGAAUCAGAUGAGAGAACAGGUGACGACUCACGAAUUACAGCCUUGAUCAGAGACGGUACCGACGCGAUGAUUGCAGCACAAUUUGAAGCAGCCAAAUCAAAGAAUCUCUCUGAACGCAUAGAUCACUUCAAGCAGGUGUUCCCACCGAUCCAACUAAUGGAGCAUCCAAAAGGACCAAUGAGCUUUGACGUUGCUUUACUAGCAACAGAGCCACGAAAAGAGCUUUGGUGCACCGAUCUGCUGUUUUUGGCCCCAAUCGUCCCGCUACCCCUUGACAUACAAUUCUACACGCUCAAGCAAAGUAUGAAAUACCCACACUCACGUCUUACAUUCAAAACAGGUUGUAAGAUCAACGUGCCGGUAAAAUGCGAGCGAGGUGGAGCACUGUACAGUAGGUAUGAUGGCAUCGAAGAGCUGUUCAAACAGGGAAAAAAGAAAGAGGAGAAGGUCACGGAUUCGAAUUACUCAGUGGCAAUGGAACGGGUUGAGGAUAUGUCGAGGUUUGAUUUGAGCGAAAGAUGUUUGAGCAUCAUGGAGGACGCAUGA